AUGCCGUGUGUGACUGACGUCACGAUCCCACGACCAGACCCAGAAGAGGAAGCUAGUCGUGGUGGUCUCAUAAGUAACAAGCAGUUAACAGAGGCCUCGGUGAUCUACAAUGUUCUGAUUGGGAGCUUUGAGAUCACCGGCUUUAUUUUUAACACAUUCAAUUUGAUCGUGUUUGUUCAAAUGGGUGUGAGUGACCCAGUGAAUGUGUGCUUCUUCGCCCUGGCGGUAUCAGACCAUUGUCUUUUGACCACUGGUCUUCUUGUUCUCAUGGUGUAUAACGAUAUUGGCUCAAUGCUCAAGAAUUUGUCUGUAAACUCUUUGCACAUGACAAUGAUACUUCUGUUCUACGCUCACAUGUUUCUGGACAUUUCUAUUCUAAACUCAACAUUCAUUAGUCUUCAGAGGUGCUGUUGUGUUGCAUGGCCACUGAAAUUCAAAUCUGUGUUCACAACUAAGCGAAGUCUGCUGAUUAUUGUUUGCAUUCAUCUCUACGGUUUGGCGUCGUACUUUCCACUUUUUCUGAAGCAGACUUUACACUCAGCCCCAGACCCUUUGAGCAAUUCUACAACCUGGAUUAUAACCUUCUCCAAAGAAAGAUCUCGACUCGUUUCCGUGAUCGACAUCCUCAACCAAGCUGCCCUCUGUAUCAUCACGCAAGUCGUCGUCCUCACCUGUCUAGGCGUCCUCACGAAUUCUCUGAGAUCUGCGUCAAAGUUCCGAAAAUCCGCCAGUAGCGAAAUAUCCGAAUCCAAGGCUAACAACAGGAAAGAAGACCAAGUUGUGAAGACGGUAACACUUCUUUGCUUUGUCUUCGUUGUGACAAACACCCCUGCGGUAAUUCUGGCUCUGACUCGAAUCUUUGUUCCAGAAUUUGACACGUACAAAAGAUUCAACAACCUUUACUUUAUCCUUCACAACACUAAUGACUUAUUCGAGUACUCCAGCGCGGUCCUCAAUUUCCUCGUGUACCUCAGUACCAGCACAAGGUUCAGGAAAACGUUUAGGGCGCUGCUACAUCUGGACAACAAACACGAGAAAUAG